UAGCGUGUUGGCAUUGCACGGUCAGGGAGACCGCGGAACUGUGAUGGAAGUGACGGUCACCGGGUCGCUGACCGCUGCUUAAAAAGACCGCGACACAGUAACGCGCGGCUUGGAUUGGUUAAGACGUCCUGUUCCGCAGAUCAGACAGCAAAAACACACCCUUAGCAACGAGCGAGCUUCGGGAGACAACAAAAUCCAAACUACCCCAUGGAGGCCCCCGACUGAAUCUAUUGCUCAUGCAGCUGUGAAAAUGGACAGUGUUAAUACAGCGAGCGAUAGUAACUGUAAAUCUCUGGAAAACUGUUUGGCUGAAAGACGAGAAUCCACUGGCGACAGCAGCAGCGGGGGCUCGGCGCGAUCCGCGCACAGCGAGAAAGGGCCGAGCGCCCGGUCCCACAGAGAGGCUGGCGAAGCGCUGGCGGCUGUCAUGAUGUCCCCGGAGGAGAAACUCGCCGUGUGCGAAACCCAAGCACAGACCUACGCGGAAAAUCAACAGUUUGACGCUGCUAUCCAAGAGCUGGUGCGCUGCCUGGCCCUGGUGAGGUUGGUGCAUGGAGACGGGCAUCUGAAACUGGCACAGGCACACGCCAAGCUAGCACAGAGCUACCUGGAGUUUAAAGGGUGGGCUGUGCAGGCUCAGGAGCAUUCGGCACGGGCGUUGGAGGCGCUGCUGCUCCGCACCCCCUGCUCCCCCGAGCAGGAGGAGGGGGAGAAGGCCGACACCCUGAGAUGCCUCCUGAGCGUACACCACACCCAGGGACAGUCUGCCCUGCUGCUGGCACAGAGUAAAACUGCAGAUCGAAUCACGGGAAAGUCCUUAACCAUCCGCACUCUGGAGGAAGCCAAGGCGAGCCUCGGGAAAGCAGAGAGGAUUGUGGGAGACCUGCGGCAGCUUGAGGGCGGGAGCAGCGAGGAGACGGCAAAGACUGAAUUUGAAAUCACCACCGGCCUGUCCAGGCUCUACCAGAGGCAGCGCAGGCCACAGGAGGCCCUGAUCCAGUGUGAGAGGGCCCUGAAGCUGCUGCAGGGCCAGAACAGGCCCAGCGAGGUGUGUGCGGUCUACAGAGACAUGGCCACCAUCGAGCAGGCCCAGGGCCGGCUGGACAGGGCCACACAGCACCUCUUACAGGCCCGGUCCGUGGCACAGAGCCAGAACCCAGGUGGGGUGGAGCAGGCCCGCAUUGCCCACAGUCUGGCUCUGACCCACUCUGCGUCAGGACAGCCCGAACACAUUGACAGUGCCCUGCGCUGCUUUGAGGAGAGUCUGGAGGCGUACAGGAGCACCCUGGGCCCCGAAAAUGCCCUCACUCUCUCAGUACAGGACGACCUCUGCCGCCUCCUCCUCCUUAUUGGCCAACAAGAGAGCGCUGUUAAGAUCCAGAGGGAGUCUCUGCCGUUGAAGAGGAGCGUGUUUGGCGACCUGAGUGCAGAGGUGGCCGAAACGUUGCAGCUGAUUGCUGGGGUGGAGAUGACCCAGGGGGACAUGAGGCGGGCCCACAGAACCAUGAGCAAGUGCCUUGAGAUCCAGGUCCUGCUCCUUGGGCCCCAACACAAGAAGACCAGAGCUGCACAGCGCACCGUGGACAUGCUGUCUGAGGCCCCAGAGGUUGCUGGGCGACAGCGCAAGGCAAGCAGUCUGAAAGCCAGGCCUCCUUUUUGUGCAGUGGUACCUUCCCAUAAUCCCCUGGGAGGCACAAAUGUUACUGACUCUUAGACGGGCCUAGCUGCCGGGCUCUUCUAUCAGACAAAGGUGUCCCAGGACUGCAAGGCGACGUUGUGUUCCCCGUGUCACCACAGUAAAGGGGGUGGGCAGGGGGACAGGGUAAUAUUUUUUCGAGGUAGGGAGACGUUCCUCUCUGUUUCACGGCCCCUCGUCUGAAAUGGAUCUUCACAGAGGCCUUUGUUCAUGGUGUUGCCAUGUCAACACACAUGAUGUCUGCUUUGAAUGGGAAGUGCUGAGAGCAGCAGAGAGUCCCCAAAACCCCAAACCC